GAUGCCAAAAUAGCAGUAGUAAAAAAAAAGGGCCUAUGCUAAGGUGUCAUUUACAUGUAAGGAGGCUUUGAGAUCUCUUGUAUUUCAAGAAGGAUUAAAAAUAAAAUAAGUAUUACAAUUUAAUAACUUUUUAAGGCAGCUCAAAAAUUAUAAAUAAAUUAUGCAAGUGCUAAAACCAUUAUCCUCCAAUUUAGGUAGCAAUAGAUGAGAAAAUGUUUUAAAUAUUUAUCAAAGAAGCCUUGUCUUAUUAAAUAGGCUUCAUAAAUAAAAUAUUAGUUUAAAAUUAUUUCUUAAACUGGUGGAGAGAAGGUAAAUGAAAAAGUAUAUGAUUUAAAUUGA